AUGUAGAGGUCACAACAUGCGAUCUGAGCAUGCUUGAGCUUAGCCAAUAGCAGAGCGGCUUACAUCUAAUUCAGCCAAUCGGGGAAGAAAAUACAUUUGAGUGAGCCCGCGAUCGCAGAAGAACAGAGUUUGACCAAGAGAUGGUCUGAGUACGUGAAAAUGUCUUGACAUAAACAAGAGCGAUGGAUGAGCAGUCUUGUCCUCGAUGCAAGACCACGAAAUACAGGAACCCCAAGCUCAAGUUGAUGGUUAAUGUUUGCGGCCACAAACUAUGUGACAAUUGUGUUGAUGUCCUAUUCACACGACCAUCCGCUGCCUGUCCAGAAUGCAACACUCCCCUGCGUCGCAGUGACUUCAGAUUACAACAAUUUGAAGACCUCCUCGUAGAAAAAGAAGUUGAUAUCAGAAAAACUGUCUUAAAAUAUUACAACAAGCACGAGGAAGAUUUUGCAGGGGAGCCAGACCCAUUACGCAGUUACAAUGACUACCUUGAAGAUGUCGAAGAUAUAGUAUGGAACUUAACAAAUGGCAUUGAUGUGGAAGAAACAAAGAAAGCAAUGGAGAAGUACAAGAAGGAGAAUGCCACCCAGAUAAGGAAAAGCAACAUCAAACUGGGAAGAGAGGAAGCAAUCAUCAUGUCACAGAUAGAAGAGGAGCAAAGAGAACAUGAGAUGAGGAAGAAACAAGAAGCCAUGAUGACAAAAGAAGAAACAAAGAAAAAGAGGCAAGAAAAAGAGGCAUUCUUAGACAACCUGAUUGCAGGUAAUAAACCAUUAGAUGAGAUUGUUGCCGAGCAUGCCUGUAAGAACCCCAAGAAGCAGUCCCUUUUGUUCUCUGCAUCCAACCAGUUCACAGCAAAUGUGCAGACACGUGAGGAGUUUAUACCUCUACCAUUGAUGACCACACCCCUAUAUACUUACACCCCUCUCAAAGAGAACAAUGAGGGGCCUGACACCCCACCCGUGGAGAUCCUGGCUUCUAGAGGUUAUCUGAAGCAUGUAAGAGCUAUAACAGAUGCAGAGAAAGCCACUGGGUACUCAGCAGAGCUAGCAUGUGGGCGGGCCCUACAAGACGCCUUCUCAUCAUUAUAUCUCAACUUAUGACACACUUCCAGCUAGUAGUUAGAAAGAUUCUUAGGUCAUUCUGACAUGCCAUAUGAUCAGCAACCAAGCAACCUUUAGCGGUAUGGGCUUUAUUGGCUUUCAUCAAAUUCUUGCCCAUUUAUAUUUCCUUGUUGGGUGAGUUAGAUCCAGGACUUGGGAGGGGGGAUACUCUGUUCUAAACACGACCGGAGAAGCUGACAGAGCGCAAAGUUUUGUACCCACAAAAUAUCAAGAAUAGAAACUUUAAUAUUUCCUUAAUACCCAGCUCUGACUUAUAUAAAAAUAGAUUGGAUCCCUGAUCAUUGUCGUGAAUACCCUCUGACUUAUAUAAAAAUAGGUUGGAUCCCUGAUCAUUGUCAUGAAUACCCUCUGACUUAUAUAAAAAUAGGUUGGAUCCCUGAUCAUUGUCGUGAAUACCCUCUGACUUAUAUAAAAAUAGGUUGGAUCCCUGAUCAUUGUCGUGAAUACCCUCUGACUUAUACAAAAAUAGGUUGAAUCCCUGAUCAUUGCCGUGAAUACCCUCUGGGACGCGGGUAAUAGGCACUCAUGUGUAUGUCCAUGUCGUUGUGCAUUUUGGCUUAACUGAAAAGGUUAUGUCUUUUAGGCCACAAACUUAUUACUGGUAGGACUUCAGCCUUGUCUGGGCGUUAAAAGGAUAGUGUCAUGGUAACAUGGACCUAUCUGUGGUUAUGGUGUUGUGUAUCAAGCAAACAUUUUCAUUCAAUCAAAAUAUUAAACAAAACAAUUCCAAAUGUUGAUAAUGAA